CCUAUUGUUUAAUUAAAAUAGGUGGGUGUCACUGGAUUUUGCAUGGGUGGUGCUCUCUCAAUUGCAAGUUCUGUUUUGGUCCCUGAAGUUGAUGCUGUUGUUGCAUUUUAUGGUGUGCCGUCGUCAGAGCUUGCAGACCCAGCCAAAGCUAAGGCUCCUGUUCAGGCUCAUUUUGGAGAGCUUGAUAGUUUCGUUGGCUUUUCAGACGUGACGGCUGCCAAAUCUUUGGAGGAGAAGCUGAAAGCGUCAGGAAUCCCUUACGAGGUGCACAUUUAUCCCGGCAAUGCCCAUGCGUUCAUGAAUAGGUCUCCAGAAGCUGUGAAGAGGAGGAAGGGCAUGGGACUGGCUGAUGAGGAUGAAGCAGCAUGUCAGCUGGCCUGGUCUCGCUUCCAGUCAUGGAUGUCUUGUUAUUUGCCCGCUUAAGUUUUUAUUAGUGUAGUUUUAUAUGUCCGACACUCCGACAUAUGAUGCUACUUUCCGGUUGCUACUAUAGGCAGCAGGGUGUCCUAUCCAGACUUAUGUCCUAUAAAAUAAGGGUGCUGAUACACUUGUAACUACCUAACUUAAUGGUUUGGCUUGCAAUACUAUGUGAUCUUAGUAAGUUCUGGUUU